AUGAGUGGAUUGCCAUUCAUGCAGCAAGACGGGACCGACUUGAUGUCGCUCUUCUCAGUCCCUAUGAACAAGUCCCUGAAAGACGUUGUAGAGAUUCAGGGUUCAUCGGCGUGUGUUUUUCCCCAGCGGGUCUUUUUUUCUCCGUCAAAAUCUUUUCUCUCCUCCACGUCCACGUUGGUAUUCUUUCGCCGAAAGACAACAUCUCGCCGACGUCGAACGCCAUCACGACGCGUCCAAGUACUCGUCAAUGGCGCCAGCCGCGCCGUCCGUCCACACCUUAUCCAGCCAUCCCGCAAAGACUUUGACAAACGCUUCAUCCUGCGCCAGCUCCCCGUACACGGCCUUCUGCGCAAGCCACGCGGCCGGCUCCGCCUUGCUCCUCUUUGCGAUGUGCGUCAACUCCGCCCACAAGGGAUCGUUGUCCUCAAACACCUCCCCGCGCUCACCCGUGCCAUAGCAGUAGCGGCACCACAGGGCGCUGACGAGCGCGAGGCCGUCGACGCGGCCGCCGGCGGCGCGCCUGCGGCGGAUACAAGGGACGACGAACUUGGGCUGGCGACUGGAGCCGUCGAAGCAGAGGCGGGUGACGGGGUCGUUCACGGCGGGGUUUGCGAAGCGGGUGGCGACGGUCUCGAAGUAAGCGCGGGCGGGCUGUGCGGGGGCGUCGGGCACGUGCGGGAGGACCUCGCGCGUCUGGACCUUGCGCAGGAAGGCGACGAGGCGGGGGUCGGCCAUGGCGGUGUGUGCAAAGCAGUGGCCGAAGAGGGCGGCGGGGUAGGCGAUGGUGGCGUGGCCGGCGUUGAGGACGGCGAGCUUCAUGCGCUCGAAGGGGGCGACGUCGGGGACGAAGCGGGCGCCGACGGCCUCGAGCGGCGGGCGGGCGUCGGGCGGGAAGGCGGAGUCCUCCAGCAGCCACUGCGAGAAGGGCUCGGCCACGACGGGGGCGGCGUCGGCGACGGCGAAGCGGUUGCGCACGAGGCGGACGUGGGCGGCGGUGGUGGGCGGGGUGAUGCGGUCGACCAUGGAGCACGGGAAGCGGACGCGGUCGCGGACCCAGGCGGCGAGCGGGGGGUCGACGCGGUCGGCGAGGGCGAGGACGGCGGCGCGGGCGGCGCGGCCGUUGGAGGGGAGGUUGUCGCAGGAGAGGACGGUGAAGGGCGGGAGACGAUUGCGGCGGCGGUGGCGGAGGGCGGCGAGGAGGAGGCCGAAGACGGUGGCGGGCGGGGCGGGGGUGUUGUAGCGCGCGACGUCGAGGUCGGUAGCGGCGGCGGGGGGGUGGUAUCCGCCCUCGGUGAUGGUCAGGGAGAGGAUGCGGAUGGAGGGGUCGGCCAGGGCGCGGAGGAUGGCGGGCGGGGAGGGGGGAAGGUAGGCGAGGAUAGAGGCGAUGACGGAGGCGGUGGUGGUGGACGGGGAACGCUCGACGAGGGUGUAGAGGCAGUCUUGGCGGGGCAAGGUGGUGUACAAGGGGGAGGGGAGGAUGGAGGCGGCGAGGAUGCCCCAGUGGUGGUGGGCCGGCGAGAGCUGAAAGAGGUCGUGCAGAUAGCGGGCUUGGUGGGCGCGGUGGAAGUUGCCCGCGCCGAUGUGCAGGAUGCCGGGAGUUAG